AAAUAAAGAGUAGGGUGGCUCUAUUUCCCUACUGGACGAAACACGGCUUGAAUGUUACAUCGCCAGACACCCUACCGUGAGAACCCGUAGCGCUUGGCAGCAGCUGUAAUAAUGAUCAUGGAGGGGAAGGAUUCGAAAGCUAUCGCGAUAGAAGAGGAUUGUAUUGUGAAGAAGCCCAGCAAAGCUGAAGAAGCCCUGGAAAUCCAGGCCUUAAGAAGAAUCAUCAGUUCAUAUCUCAAUUACUCAGAUGCAGCAGAAGAUGAUGUCAAAAAGUGGGAGAAAUCUUAUGCAAAGCUUCUACCUCAGCAUAAGGCACUUGUUACACAUCUUCCAAAGAAGUAUCAAAAACUUAGAAGGUGUAUUGCCACAAAUUCAUUUUUCAUCUUGAACAUGCUUCAGGCUUUUGAACCUCCAUUUGACAUGAACCAAUAUGUGUAUGCUGAAAUACACACAAAUUAUCAAUGUUCUCAUGGUAUAGUACCUCAGUCAGCAGGAGGACAACAAAUACUACCUGAAUCCAAUCAAAUAGAGGACACUAUGGAACAAAAAUUUACUUUUGUGGAGCCAUUUCCUACAAAUGUUGGUACUCACAGAAUGCUGAACACUAUUCCACAGGAGGAAUCAAGUGGAAAUGCUAAAAGUAAUGAAACAACAGCUUCUGAGGUCAAUAUAUCUUGUGAAAGAAACCUUUGUCAAGUUCAAUCUUUUUCGACUGAUCGUGAUUCAGAGUCAUCCAUGCAAUAUGAUGUCAAAUUGAAUGCUGAUUUUGGUGAGGGGAACAAGAACACAUCAGUUCCAAUCCAUAAUCACGAUUCUAUAGGCAUCGACAGGGAUCAGGUUCCAUAUACAACUUCAGAGUCAAUGAUGCUUGAUCGCAUAGUAAGUGGUGGUUUCUGUGGGAGUGAAUCAAAUAUUUCUGGGAACAGAACCGGCGAAACCUUUAAUCAACAAUCAACAUGUUGUUCUGGCCCAGCAUCAAAUGGAGAGGUGCGGAUUCAGGGAAAUUGCACUAUAUUUGAUUGGAGAGAUCCUGCAUUUCAACUCCAUGUGUCUCCAGCGGAUGUUGAUAAGGUCAGGUGCAUUUUAAGAAAUAUAGUACGAGAUUGGGCUCCAGAGGGAGCAAUAGAGCGCAGACAAUGCUUUCAGCCAAUUUUGGAUGAAUUACAACGACAUUUUCCAAAUCGUUCAAGAGACAGGCCACCAAGUUGUUUGGUACCUGGCGCUGGACUAGCUCGGUUGGCCUUAGAGAUUUCACUUCUUGGUUUUGUAAGCCAAGGGAAUGAAUUCUCUUAUUAUAUGAUGAUAUGCUCAAGUUUUAUUCUGAACCACUGUCAAGCAGCAAUGGAGUGGGUAAUUCACCCGUGGAUUCAUAGUAAUUGCAAUUCUCUUUCUGAUGAGGACCAGAUUCGACCUGUUUAUUUUCCAGAUAUUCAUCCAGGAAGUGCAGGAAUUAUGGAGGGGUUCUCAAUGUGUGCUGGGGACUUUGUUGAAGUAUACGGUGAUCCAAGUCAGUCAGGUACAUGGGAUGCUGUGGUGACUUGUUUCUUCAUUGAUACAGCGCAUAAUGUCAUCGAGUACAUCGAAAUUAUCUCAAAUAUUCUCAAAGAUGGAGGAGUGUGGAUAAACCUUGGUCCUCUUUUAUACCACUUUGCAGAUGUAUAUGCCCCUGAAGAUGAGAUGUCUAUAGAACUCAGUUUGGAAGAUGUCAAAAGGAUAGCAUUUCAUUAUGGAUUUGAGCUGGAGACAGAGAAAACUAUCGAGACAACUUACACUGCGAAUUUCAGAUCCAUGAUGCAAAAUCGCUACUUUGCUGCUUUCUGGACAAUGAUAAAGAGGGGUUCAAGUGCUAAAUGUGUUACUGCAAAAGCAACAUGAUAAAGGGUUUGCUGUUGACAUGCCAGGGAUUGUUUAGAUGCUUGUUUAGUUGUUAUAGUUUUUCCAGGAGUGGCAUUGUUAAUUAUACCUUUUGAUAUGUAGGUUGGAGUACAAAUUCAUAACUGAAUAUGCAAAUCAAUUAAUUUUUCAAUUCUUUGCAUUUGUCUGGCUGGGAUAAUUCCCAAACUUGUACUUUGCCAUAUGCAAUAAAGUGAUUUUGGGAAAGCUCUCUACAUAUGCCAUUGCAAAGGUGGAUAUUCCAAUUGCAGGCCAUUACAUUUCUCUGAAAAUUUUCGACAAAUAAUCCUAUUUCUUUUUUCUAUA